UUAACCCCCUUUCAAUUCCACUACGUUAACAAAACAAACAAACAAAAGCAGAGACAAAACAGAGUUGAGGCGGCAAGUGUGUCACCCUCUCACUCGAAAGCCAAAGUCUUUUUAGCUAAAUUCUUCUCCACUGUUUAAAACUUCAUCAAUAGCCAAAAACCCUACCUUUUGAAAGCCAAUCUUUAACCAAAAACCCCCACCUUUAAACCCUCAAAAGAAAAACCACAAAAAACCCAAUCUUUUUCAUUCCAAGCAAAAAUGGUGCAAAACCCAGUAUGUUUCACUCGCAAAGCUUCACUCUUAUACCGUUUCGUAGGGUUUUCACCUAAACCCACUUCUCAUUUUAGCCUAAGAACUCAGCUUUCGUUAAACCCUGCUCAGAUAACUGGAUUCAGGGCAUGUUCGUCUUCUUCUCUGUUUUCAAAUUCUAGUCAUGGAGCUGUGUUUAAGGACAUGGGUGGUUCUAAAAUUGGAUAUAGGCAAUUGGGUUUUGAUCAAUUUCGUGUCUUGGCUGUUUCUGGUGGUGGCUCUGGUGGUUCUGGUGGGCUUGGAGGCUCUUCUGGUGGAGGAGGAGGUCAAGGUGGUGGUGCUAGUGGUGGUUCUGGUUCAGGUGGAAAUAGAAACUGGUCCUUCCUUUCAUGGUAUUUGAAUCUUCUAGCAAAGUACCCUGUGUUGACUAAAGCUGUUACUUCUGCAAUAUUGACUCUUAUGGGGGAUUUGAUCUGCCAGCUUGUGAUUGAUCAAGCUCCAUCCCUAGACCUGAAAAGAACAUUUGUAUUUACUUUCUUGGGGCUGGUACUGGUGGGUCCCACGUUGCAUUUCUGGUACUUAUAUUUGAGUAAAUUGGUAACAUUGCCUGGAGCAUCCGGUGCAUUAUUGCGCCUUUUAGUGGAUCAGUUUGUAUUUUCUCCUAUAUUCAUUGGAGUCUUCUUGUCAACAUUGGUGACGUUAGAGGGAAGGCCAUCAGAAGUCUUACCUAAGCUUCAGCAGGAGUGGUUUUCUGCUGUUCUUGCAAAUUGGCAACUUUGGAUACCAUUUCAGUUUCUAAACUUCCGUUUUGUCCCUCAGCCAUUUCAGGUUCUUGCUGCUAAUGUCAUCGCUUUAGUCUGGAAUGUGAUUCUCUCAUUCAAAGCUCACAAAGAGGUUCUCUCGAAAUAGCUUGUUGCUUCUCAGGUGAAAUGAUCACUAAAGCAAUGGUUGUAGAGAUGGAUUUGAAGAAAGACAUCUUGGAUUCUUGUACACAUGCGGGAACGGUUCUUGCUUAGAUCUGCUUCAUUCAAGAGUGUGGCUGCCUUGAACUGUUCCAGUAUAUGGAACCUCUUUCACUAACCCUUUUACCCUUACCCCUUGUGUAUUUAUGAUUUGCAAAUUUGUGAACUUUGGUUAAAACCUUAUUUCAGAUUGAAUGCUCAUUAGGCUUAGCUCCAUCUUCACUAAGGGGUAUAAAGUGCUGGAUUGGAAACAACAA